AUGAAUCACCCUUUGACCAUUGUGUUAUUUGGAAACUCUGCCGCAGUCCAGUUUCAGUGUGACAAUAUUUUGCUUGGAGAAAUACUACCAAAUAUAGAAAAUGUAGCUACCGUUUCCAGGACUGUUUCUUCGCAGAUGAAGAUAUCAGGACAUCGUGUCUCAGUGAUCAACCUGAUUGGCUUACAAGAGACUGCACUUAAUCUAGAUGCUCUCACUGGUCAACUAGUGAAUGAAAAUGAAAUCAUUGCCUUCAUCUUUGUUGUGCGACUGGGCCAGUUAACAGAUUCUGAUAAGAUGGGUCUUGAGUGGCUUCAGAGAGUGUUUGGUGAUGAAGUUCUUCAGUUUGUGAUGAUUCUCUUCACCUAUGAGAGCGAGGAAGAGUCUGACUCUAUAAUAGAUGAUCUGAAGAAAAACUCUACUCUGGAGUGGCUGACUGAGAAAUGUGGCGGAAGAUUGCACACCUGCAACAAAAACAUGAACAACCAGUCAGAGAUGAGAGACCUGAUGAACAGGAUUGAGCAUCUGUUUACUGAUAAUAAACAGCAGUGCUACACCAGUGAGAUGUACAACACUGCAUUAAGAGAGAGAGAAGACCUGCAAAACAGGACACAUCAAAGUGGUAAGAACACAGAUUUGGUUUUAUUGUUACUGGAUCAAAGCAAAGAAAGGGGAAUCAGUGAAAAAGUUGACCAUCUAUUUCAAAGACUCCAACUUGAUAACAGAUGUCACUGUAAGUUAAGAGUUGCAGAUGUUCUACAAUUAACUGCACAUUCAUUAGAGUCUCAUGAGUCUUGUGCUGAAGAGAACCUGAUUCAGACUUUCCUACAAAAACUACUGAUGAUGAACUACAGAGCAAGAUACAUUAAAACUAAAGAAAACAAUAAACUGCAUGAAAGACAACAGAAAGACAGAGACUUAUUUAAAGAUGAAGAUGAUGCUGAUAUUUUCAAAGAAAUGUCUUUGUUUACUGAAGGGAUAAGCAGAAAAGUUGCUAUUCACCCAAUGGAUGUUCAGAUGGCUGUGUUUCAUUGUGCUGAUAGUUUCCUGAAGCAGCUGAUGGUGACUAAACUGUCUCAGUGUCAAUACGCUCUGCCUCUGCUUGUUCCUGAUCCAUUUACACAAGAGAUUGAGUUUCCUCUCUGGACAUUCAGACAAAUUAACAAGAGUUGGAAGAUGAAAGAGAUCAACAAUGAAAUCAGUAAAAUCCAGCCUAUCUGGAAAGCAGAAACACCAAUGGUGUCUUUCUUUAGGUUUGGCUCAGUGUCCUCAUCCAAAUCUCAGCUGAUGAACAGUUUGAUCAAUGAGAAACACAACACGUUCUUCCACAGGAACUGCUCUGGCAGCAGCAAAACCAGACUACUGAUGGAUGGAGUGGUGGAGAUUGCCUGGUACUGCCCCUCUGGGAAAGACACAGAUAAAUUCACUCAAUGUAUUGCUUUAUGUAACCUUCAUGGUGAUGCAGGAGACAACGAGAAACAGCUGCAGAUCCUCACUGAAAUGGCCUCAAUCAAUGUUGUUAUUCUACCACGACUUGACCCGGAUGAUAAGAGUGCAGCACAGAUGCAAAACCUGUACAAGGACAGAAAACCACUAAUUUGUCUUUUUACUGAAGAUAAAUAUAGUGUAACUAAUAUGAGGAGCGGGAAAUACAAAAUUGGAUUAAAAGACAGAAAUCAGUCAGAUAUAUCUGAAGAACUUGAACAAGCUAUAAAUGAAUGUCUCUUGUUUGUAUCAUCAGAAUCAUCUUCUGUUUUUAGACUUGAAGAUAUAUCAACAUAUCAAAAUAUGAGAGUAGAUGAGGAACAUGACAAUGACUGCAGAAGAGGAAAAGAAACAGCCCAGCAGUUGAUGGGUUUACUGAAAAAAAAAGAUCUGACAGAAAUCAAAGAAUCACUUCUGCCCUGCCAGGGGAAACUGUGGCAUCAGUGGUGUGAAAAGAACAAAGAACUACAUAGAUCUCAGGGAAAUGAAACAGACAUGGAAAUAAAACAGAAACAAAACAUGAAGAAAAUUCGUGAACAGCAGCAUGUGUUGGACAUUGGUGACUUCAUGAAGUUGUUUAUUACAGAAAUUAAUUCACAAUCUCCAAAUGAGAAGAUAUUUUUUCUUAAAUGGCUCACAAUCCUCCUGGAUGAAUACACUUCAGCUGACCUUUCUGCUCUACAUUACAAGUACAAUGAAAAAUGGUCAAAAGUCAGAGCUGAACAACAGAUGACCAAUGAACAUGCAGAACUUGAAAAUAUUUCAAAAGCACUUCAAGCUGCAACUUUUGGCUUGGAGCACAUCCUGAGGGAGAUCGGUCAGAUCUAUGAAUCAUGUAAAUCAGUGAAUAAGAACAAGGAAGGCCUGCCGUGUGAUUUUUCUUCUCUCCCGAGUCUUGCAGCAGAGAUGAUGAUCUCUGGAUUUCCACUGGAGGUGAUGGAUGGAGAUGCUGCUCAUGUUCCUGUAGAUUGGGUUACUGCUGUUCUACAUGAACUCUUCCAGAAACUGGGAGACCAGAGAGUGUUUGUGCUGUCAGUUUUAGGGAUCCAGAGCUCUGGGAAAUCCACUAUGCUGAACGCUAUGUUUGGACUCCAGUUUGCUGUCAGUGCUGGCAGAUGCACCAGAGGAGCUUUCAUGCAGCUGGUCAGAGUUUCAGAGGAGAUGAAAGAACAGCUGAAGUUUGACUUCAUUCUGGUUGUUGAUACUGAGGGACUUCGAGCUCCAGAACUGUCUGGAAGGUCAACAAGAAAUCAGGACAAUGAAUUGGCCACAUUUGUUGUUGGUCUUGGUAAUCUAACAUUAAUCAACAUUCUUGGAGAAAGCCCAUCAGAGCUGCAGGACAUUCUUCAGAUCGUUGUUCAGGCCUUCAUGAGGAUGAAGAAGGUCAGACUGAAUCCCAGCUGCAUGUUUGUUCAUCAGAACGUUUCAGAAGUCACAGCUGGAGAGAAAAACAUGGACGGAAGGAGACGACUGCAGGAGACACUGGAUGAAAUGACAAAACUUGCUGCUAAAGAUGAAGUCUUUGAUGCUGAAUGUUUCAAUGACAUCAUUACUUUUGAUGUACAGAAAGAUGUGAAAUAUAUUGCACAGCUCUGGGAGGGAAGUCCACCAAUGGCACCACCAAACCCACCAUAUUGUGAAAACAUCCAAGAGCUAAAGACAACUUUUUUUAGCCAUGCUUCAAAGUCAAGUGGCUUAGAGCUAACAUGCCUAAAAGAUCAUAUUAAAGAUCUCUGGGAGGCUUUACUGAAUGAGCGAUUUGUGUUCAGCUUCAGAAAUUCUCUGGAGAUUGCAACAUAUCGAAAACUGGAGACAGAAUACAGCAAGUGGUCCUGGAGUCUCCGCAGAACUAUGCUGGAUAUAGAGAACAGACUUUACAACAGCAUAGAAAAUGAAACAAUUGAUGAGGUUUCAGAAAGAGAUCUUAAAAGAAAACUAAAAGUGAAAAGUGGAGAAGUAGAAAAAUCUAUGUCAGAUUUCUUUAAGCAAGACAAAGAUAGAGAUAUACUUAAACAGUGGAAAGCAUUAUUUUACAUCAAAAUCAAAGAGCUUCAGGAAAACAUUGUGAGAGAAACAAGGAAGAAGUUAAAUGAUAUUCUUAAGCAGAGAGAUAUAAAGAAAGAUAUUGACGCUCAGAGGACACGACAUGAAAAUACUCUCUUGGAAAAGAGCAAAGAACUUGCAAUAAAACUCAAAGACAAAGCAAAUGAUGAAACAAUUCUGGAAAAUGAGUUUGAUUCCUUUUGGAAAGAUUGUGUUAACAAGAUUAAGACAGAAACUAUUCAAACUCCUCAUAUCAAAAACAUGAAUGUAUUAAAAGACAUGAAACAACUCCUCAGUGACAUCUAUAAAAGCGGCCCUGUAGAAUCCUGGAGAGACAGCAAGAAUAUUUUCUCUGUGCCAAAUUUUUCAGAUUAUGUUCAAUUCAAGAAAUCCAGUGGAAUUACAGGACAUGAUAAAAAUGCCUUUAGAUCAGCUAAACAGACAUUUGGUAACAUUGAGGUUGAAACCCAGGUUAGAGCCUUAGUCAAUGACAUUGCUCAACAAGCAGACAAAAUUAUCAUGUCAUAUAACAUUGCAAAGAUGGGCUACAACAAAACAUACAUUCAAGAACUUGCAGAUUAUAUCAAAGCCAGAGUAGUAGAUUAUGAACAAGGAUCCAGGAACUAUGUGCUCAUAAAGGAAUUUUACAUGGAUUUGCUCAUUUCCAUCUGUAAGAGAGAAAACAAGGUAAUUACUGAACAACACAGAAGAUUCAGGGAAGCCAAUGAUCCUGUUUUCUACUUUGAAAAGAAGCGUGAAGUGUACUAUAGUAUUUUUCAGAAAUACUGCCAUGGUGCAACAUCAGCUGCAAUUUUUGGGGAGAUCAUCUGUCAGAAACUGAAAGAGCCCAUUCAACAAAGUGUCUACAAAAACAUUGCAAGAGAUUUCAUUAAUGAAAUUAAAACAAACUGUGAAUCAUUAAAUGGAAACAGAUCUAAAUUAGAGAAACACAUCCUCAAGAGUCUGGCAGAACAGGAGGAUUUUGACAAAUACAUGAAAUACAUUCACAGUCCAAGAGACCACUUCAAGAGUUUCAUCAGAGAUGAAGUCAAUCAUUACAUCACUGAUAAAUUUGAAGAAAGUAUUCGUCCCAAAAUGGAGGAGAAUACUGAACUCCUGACAAAAAAGAUAAUGGAAGCAGCUCGUAGAGCAACUACACUCGUCAACAUGUCCAGCGGAGAUGUUCAGGAGUGGCUGAAUCAUUUCACACUGCAACUCUCAGAUUUGCUGAUUUUCUCUGUAAAGGACCUCAGUGGCGUGAGCCAUGACAGUGUUGAUAAUUUCAAUCUCCUAGAAGAAGUGAUAAGUGUGGAAAUUGGUUCAGUAUCAUCUGAAAUACAGCUUAAAUUCAGCACAGAGACAUUUCCUGUAAAUCUGGAAGAGAAGGACAGACCAGAUGAGAUUCUGAUUGAUCAUCUCUGUCAGUGCUGCUGGGUUCGGUGUCCAUUUUGUGCAGCCACCUGCACCAACACAAUAGAAAACCACUCUGGAGAUCACAGUGUUCCUUUCCAUCGAGUGAAUGGACUCACUGGUAUCUUUUAUGAUGAAACAAAGUGUCUUGGGUCAGAUUUCUGCACAACCUUAGUGAGAACAAAGAAAAUGUUCUAUAAAGGUCAGUGGUUUCCAUGCAAUGAAUACAGAAAAGCAGGAAAUGUUUAUGCAGAAUGGAGCAUCACUCCUGACUUCUCAGAGCUGCCGUACUGGAAAUGGUUUGUAUUUAGAUUUCAGAAAGAUCUGAAAAAGUACUUUGGGAAAACAUUCAAUAGAUGGGAUGAGAUUUCAUAUGGAUGGAGUCAGUACUCAAAGGAGCAAGCUAUUGAGAGUUUGGAUAAAUAUAUAUGA